UUGUCGACGGCGACGGCGGCCAUCAUGGCGGUGUGUGGCGCGGCGGCUGCAGCGGCGGCAGCAGGAGGAGGAGGAGGAAGGCGCUGGUACUUUAGCCGGGAGCAGAUAGCGCGGAGCCCUUCCCGGCGGGCUGGGCUCGACCCGGACAAGGAAUUGUCUUACCGGCAGCAGGCAGCUAAUCUGCUUCAGGACAUGGGCCAACGCCUCAAUGUUUCUCAACUCACUAUCAACACUGCUAUUGUCUAUAUGCAUCGGUUCUACAUGGUUCAGUCCUUUACCCAGUUUCAUCGAAAUUCUGUAGCACCAGCUGCCCUUUUCCUGGCAGCCAAGGUGGAGGAACAACCUCGAAAACUGGAGCAUGUCAUCAAGGUCGUUCAUGCCUGUCUGCAUCCUCUUGAGGCUCUUCCUGAUACAAGGAGUGAGGCUUACCUGCAACAAGCCCAAGACCUGGUCAUUCUAGAGAGCAUAAUACUGCAGACCCUGGGGUUCGAGAUCACCAUAGAUCACCCUCACACACACGUGGUGAAAUGCACACAACUAGUUCGAGCCAGCAAGGAUCUGGCACAGACUUCAUACUUCAUGGCUACUAACAGCCUUCACCUAACCACCUUCAGCCUGCAGUACACCCCUCCCGUUGUGGCCUGCGUCUGCAUCCACUUGGCCUGUAAGUGGUCCAACUGGGAGAUCCCAGUCUCCACGGACGGGAAGCACUGGUGGGAGUACGUUGAUGGCACUGUAACUCUGGAACUCUUGGAUGAGCUUACUCAUGAAUUCCUGCAAAUCCUUGAGAAAACUCCUAACAGGCUGAAACGAAUCAGGAAUUGGCGGGCCUGCCAAGCAGCCAAGAAAUCAAAGACUGAUGACCAGGGUGAUGAUGACUGCCUCUCAGAACAGACAAUUCUCAGCAUGAUCUCCAGAAGUGCAUCUGAUACGACCAUCGCAGGGCUGAUGAGCAUGUCUACUUCCUCAACUGCAGGAGCCAUUGCUUCACUUCCAGCUUCAGCAGGCGACUCCCCGGGGGACUUAGACAGCGCAGAUAUGAUAUCAGACAACUGGAUGGCUCAGCACCCUGCACAUAAACUAGAAGUCAGCCACAGGGCUAAUGACAUCUCUGCCAGCACAGAUCAUUCACAUCAUGACAGCAGUGGUGGCUCCUUCUCUAAGCAGAACAUUAAGAAUCCACCAUUAGCAAAAGUGUCAUUAAAGGAGUACCGAGCCAAACAUGCUGAGGAGCUGGCUGCACAGAAACGCGAGCUGGAGAACAUGGAGGCUAAUGUGCGCUCUCAAUAUGCCUAUGCUGCUCAGAACUUGCUUGUGCAGCAGCAGCGAGAACGGGAUGUGCAACAAGAGAAUAACCCUUCUCCCAUUAUCCUGAAAAUACCAUUGGGCAGCAACUCUGAUGGUUCUGAACGGCCCUCUGCUGAAAAGGCAGAUAAACCCUUGUCUGCCCUCAAAGUGAGGCUGGCUGCACCAGGAGACAAACCUGCUCUUUCUUCUACCAAGCCAGAGGAAAUAAAAAUGCGCAUCAAGGUGCCGACAUCAUUGGAACGGCACAGCUCGUCUGAUGAAAGUAGCGCCAAGAACCGGGGGGAGCACAAAGAAAAACAUAAGGUCCACACCUCUAACCACCAUCACCAUCAUAACCACCACUCUCACAAACAUUCACAUGCGCAGCCUGUUGCCAACACCAAGCGACCAGGGGACUCCAAACAUGGUAACCAAAGUGGCAUUGUAUCGCAUAAAGUUGGUUAUAUUCCAACUUGCUCCUCCCGCAAGAGACCACUUUCUGAGGAAGCCUCAGCUGUAGCACAUGAACACCAGCCGAAAAUCAGUAAAAGUUCAAAGGGGCCAUUUCCGUUCCCUCAGCAUCCUGGACACAGUUUGGAUGCAGCUGGUCUAUCUUUUACCCAGGGCAGCAAAGCCAGGGGGGCUCAUGGAAAACUGGACAAGAGCACUACUGGGGCCAAUGGGCAUAACAUGAAUCAGGCCAUUGACUACCAGGAUACAGUGAACAUGCUGCACUCCCUGCUCAGUGCACAGGGCAUGCAACCCACCCAGCCACCCGCCUUUGACUUUGUACACUCGUAUGGCGAAUACUUGAACCCCAGGGCUGCUGCAAGUGUGGAUAAGCCACGGCCACCCCCUCUGCCCUCAGAACCACCCCCUCCCCUCCCUCCUCUCCCCAAGUGAUCACCGUUUUUAACUACUGAGGUUGGGCUAUCCUCUGCCGUGGGCAGGUUGCUUAUAGUGUUCUCCACUGCCUUGUGUGAAUGCCCUAUCCCCUUUUUAAAAUGUUUUUAUUAUUGGUAUGAGAAUGUGGAGCCCUUGAAGCUGUGAAAAGGUAUACCCAUCUUUCUCCAUGUGCUUCCCCCACUCCCUUCCAGUCCUACUGGAAAGAGAUGGGGCUAUGUUUCCUAUCAGACUGAACCUCCGUUGUGGGGUGUUGAAGGUCAUGAACCAUCAGGGGAUGGCACAGGGCUAUUUAAAUUGUCGCCGUCUUUCUCCUUCUAAAAGACAUUUUAAAAUAAUUUAAAAUAAGUUAUAUGUUCUUAGUGUUGAUUUUAUUUUUCUAAGGUGGAAAAAGAAGUGGUUGCAGCAGAAGUUGAAAUAGAGGCUGGGAUCUGUCAGCCUACUCUUUAAGUCUAGCUCUGGUGGAAGUUGCUUCUCUCUGGAUGGAGGCGGUGAAGGUUUGAAAGGAAGGCAAAGGCAUGAAAAGUCUCUUGAGGAAGGCAUGAACACCAGCCAUAAACAUAAUGGUCAAAUAGGUGGUGGAGUUUUCCUAGUUUAUUCCCACCUUGUUUGGUUGCUGCUCAGUGGGUGAGUGCAGACAGAUGCAGACCCAUAUUUCCAAAAAGAAAAGAAAAACCUCUUUGGAAAGAAAACCGUUAAGUUGCUAGCUUUGUUCAGCCCUUCUGAGCAGGGAGGAUGUAGGAACAUCACUUCCUUAACCUCUUCCUCCUUCCUUGGCCAUACUGCUUCCAUUGGGGUGCCCUGUUACUGUGCUUGCCACCUAAAUGCAGUCAUUUGAAGAUGAAUGGCUACCUAACUUAGGCAUUAAAAUAUUCUGACAGCACUGUGUUAUAACGGUGGACAGGACAAUGUGCUCCUGUGGAAAUGCUUGAGAGUGCCUUCCAAAAGAAGGGUCACUGCUGCAACCUAUCUGAGAAAGAUGGGUAUUUGGGAAGAGAAGCUGGCAGGAGGAGAGCUUAUGUGAACGUUAGAACAGUAAUCGUGAUUCUGGGAUGCUUUAAAUUGUAUUUAAACUGCAUUAUGGGAUAUGAGAUUUUCACAUGUUGCUGGAAUGGAAAAGGCUUUCCAUAGUGUAUGUAAAGACAACAGGACAUGGACUCAGGCAAAUUUGGAUUUGAGAAUAGAUAAAUGAAAAGAGCUGACAAGAUCUAGAUGAAUUUAUGAGAACUUGCUCAUCUUGUCAUUUUAAAGUUGUCUGCUUCCAAUAUAAAACUCUCACCAGCUUCAGUGUGCCCUGAAUUGGUUUGAUUCCUAGGAAAGAGUGUGGGAAUUGACCCUGCUAAAUUUGACUCUAGAGAGGUAUUCCACUUCACGGAUGCACAGUAGAAGGUAUGAUCUUCUGGCCUGAUUCUCCAGUACUGUGUUAAAAGUUAAAUGGGGCUAGUCCUUUAAAUGUGGCCAUAUAUUAUGUUUCUGUAGAUGACAUCAGAGUGCUUUUCAUUCUACAAGAGUUGGCCUUGAUUUGCUGCAUCAUAGCAACUGGACAGAACAGUUGGCACUCUUAAAUGCCAGCUUUGCUGUUCUUUUGAAUUUACAUUCUCUAAAUCAGCAAAGUGUUUCAAGGUAUUUUCAUAGCUCUAAAGAAACUUCCAUAAUGAAAUUUGAGAGAUUGUGUAGUGCAGCCUUCUUUAACCUAGUACUGUCUAAAUGUUUUGGACUACCACUCCCAGCAUUCCUGACCAUUUUCCAUACUGGCUGUGGCUGAUGGAAGUUUAAGUCUAAAACACUUGGAGCUCUCCAAGUGUUUUAGACUUCAACUCCCAUCAGCCCCAGCCAGCAUGGACAAUGGUCAGGAAUGCUGGGAGUGGUAGUCCAAAACGUUUAGAUGGUACUAGGUUAAAGAAGGCUGUUCUACACAAUCUCUCAAAUUUAUUUCUGGAUGUUUCUUCAGAGCCAUGAAAAUACCUUAAAACACUUUGCUGAAUUAGAGAAUGUAAAUUAAAAAGAACAGCAAAGCUGUCCUAAGAGUGCCAACUAAAAGUUGUGAACAUACAAGGCUAGCAAUGGCUAUCUGCAGUGCCGUAUCAUUUGAAGGAGGUAAUUGCUGCUGGUUUCAGAGGGUUAAUCAUGUUUAAAACAACAAAAGAUACUCAUCUGUGGGUCUCCAUUUAGUUUUUAUUGACAUGUUUUCUCGGAAUUUGGAACAGUAAUGAUCUUUUCCCCACCUCUGGAUUUAUGAAGCAAUGGUGUCUCAGCUAUUGAUGGUUGCAAACUUUGGGCCUAGUUUCACAUAAUCUUUCAGAAACUGUUUCUAAUUCCCAGCUCAUAUUAUUACUAUUCUAAGUUUCAAUAAAUGUACUGUCUCCACAUU